AUGUCCUCCCACAUCGGUAAUGGCCGUUCAGAAAGCCUCACCCCCGGUGGCUAUUCCGAGGGCGAUUCAGAGGGCGGCUUUAGCAUAGCCAGUAUACCGAAAUCAAACAAUUUCACAUCCAAUCUUCCUCCAGAUAUGCAGUAUCCUACCCCCGUCGACUCUCAUCGAGCCCCUCGAGAAAAACUCGGCCCCCGCCUGGUCCGAGGAGCAUUGUACACUUAUGUCAGACCCGAACCUACAGAAAAUCCCGAGUUGUUGGCGGUCAGUAAAGCUGCUCUACGUGACAUUGGCCUCGCCGAGACCGAGGGUUCUUCGGAAGAAUUGAAACAGGUGGUCGCAGGUAACAAGUUCUAUUGGGAUGAAGAAAAAGGGGGCAUCUAUCCGUGGGCGCAAUGCUAUGGCGGCUUCCAGUUUGGCCAGUGGGCCGGACAACUCGGCGAUGGAAGAGCUAUAUCCCUGUUCGAGACCACAAACCCAAAAACUAAAGUCCGCUAUGAAUUACAAUUAAAAGGCGCCGGGAAAACACCGUAUUCACGGUUUGCAGAUGGCAAGGCGGUCUUGCGCUCUAGCAUCCGAGAAUUCAUCGUCUCGGAAUAUCUCAAUGCCAUCGGCAUACCAACCACACGAGCAUUAUCGCUGACGUUGUGCCCGAACUCCAAGGUGGUUCGAGAGCGGCUAGAACCGGGGGCAAUCGUCUGUCGCUUUGCCCAGUCCUGGUUGCGUCUCGGAACAUUUGAUCUGAUGCGGUCGAGGGGGGACAGGGAUCUCAUUCGCAAAACUGCCACCUAUGUUGCCGAAGAGGUGUUUGGUGGUUGGGAGACCCUUCCCGCUGUUUUGCCCGCCGACACCAAAGAUGCGCACCUGGAUCCGACACGAGGAGUGCCCAAAUAUCAAAUCCAAGGUAAGGAGGGCGCGGAGGAGAAUCGGUUCAGCAGACUUUAUCGGGAAAUCGUACGGCGGAAUGCCAGGGUGGUGGGUAUGUGGCAAGCGUACGGGUUCAUGAAUGGGGUUCUCAACACGGACAACACGUCGAUCUAUGGCCUGUCGAUGGACUACGGGCCGUUUGCGUUCAUGGACAAUUUUGACCCGACCUACACUCCAAACCACGAUGACCACAUGCUCCGGUAUAGUUAUCGCGCUCAGCCGAGUAUUAUCUGGUGGAACCUCGUCCGUCUGGGCGAGUCGCUGGGCGAGUUGAUCGGGGCUGGUGACCGGGUGGAUGAGACGGUCUUUGCCGAAAAGGGGGUCGAGGAGGAUUUUGCUCCGGUAUUGAUCAAACGCGCCGAAACCAUCAUCGACCAAAGUGGGGACGAGUACAAGGCGGUGUUCCUGAGCGAGUAUCGUCGGCUGAUGACUUUGCGCCUCGGACUGAAAACUCAGAAGGACAGUGACUUUGACGUGCUGUUCUCCGAGCUUCUGGACACGAUGGAAGCACUGGAGCUCGACUUCAACCAUUUCUUCCGACGGCUCUCGUCGGUGAAGCUGGACGACGUCAGCACCAAGGAGACCCGUGAAAAGACGGCGGAACGCUUCUUUCACCAGGAAGGCGUCACCGGUCUCAACGAAACGAACGAGUCUGGACGAGAGAAGGUCGGUAAGUGGCUCGACUCCUGGCGUGAGCGCGUUGCGGAAGAUUGGGGCACUGGAGGGUCGGCGGACGAGGACAGAAUCAAGGCCAUGAAGGCCGUCAACCCGAAUUUCGUGCCUCGCGGCUGGUUGCUCGACGACAUCAUCGACCGGGUCGAGAACAAAAACGACCGAGACAUUCUCCACGGCGUGAUCGACAUGGCUCUCAGCCCGUUCCAAGACCAGUGGGGAUGGAACGAGCGGAUUGAAGAGAAAUAUUGCGGUGACGUGCCAAGGUUCCAGAGGGCCAUCCAGUGUAGUUGUUCCUCUUGA